AUGGCAUCGAGGCUGCUCAGCCAACAGCUGGCCGGCAGCCUGAAGCUCACCUACCGCCUACUCACGCCUGGUAAGUGGCGGGUCAUGGCCAGCACCAAGCCCGGGCUGGAGAGGGGAACCAGGCCCCAGAUCCUGCCUGGAAGGUACCCUUCUCCUCACCUCUGCACUCCCAUACCCCUGGCUGCCCUUCUCCUCACCUCUGCACCCCCAUACCCCCGGCCGCCCUUCUUCUCACCUCUGCACCCCCAUACCCUCAAGCUGCCGGCACCAACUCCUCCGGCCGCUGCUAUCCUCAGCUCCUUCCUCUCUGCUCUGCCUCCAAGGGCUUUGCCGGAAUUCAGGUCUGGGAGACAGAGACUGUUGACAGUCCCCUCCCUAGCACACCGAGACGUGGCAGCCGGGCAGAACCGAUGCAGACACAUCAGCCAGGCUUCAGCCAAAGUCGAUGUGGAGUUGGAUUACGAUAGGCCUCUGAUGAAGACAGAAGUCCCGGGGCCUCGCUCUCGGGAAUUAAUGAAGCAGCUGAAUAUGAUCCAGAAUGGAGAGGCUGUGCACUUUUUCUGCAACUAUGAGGAGAGCCGGGGCAACUACCUGGUCGAUGUGGACGGCAACCGGAUGUUGGAUCUCUACUCACAGAUCUCCUCUGUCCCCAUAGGUUACAACCACCCUGCGCUCAUAAAGCUCCUCCAACAGCCUCAGAACGUGAGCUCAUUCAUCAACAGGCCUGCCCUCGGGAUCCUGCCCCCAGAGAACUUCGUGGAACAACUCAAGGAGUCGUUGCUCUCGGUGGCUCCCAAAGGGAUGUCGCAGAUCAUCACCAUGGCCUGCGGUUCCUGCUCCAAUGAGAAUGCCUUCAAGACUAUCUUCAUGUGGUACCGGAACAAGGAAAGGGGUCACGCGAGCUUCUCCAAAGAGGAACUCGAGACCUGCAUGAUCAAUCAGGCCCCCGGGUGCCCCGACUACAGCAUCCUCUCCUUCAUGGGCGCGUUCCAUGGGAGGACCAUGGGUUGCUUGGCGACCACUCACUCCAAAGCUAUUCACAAGAUUGACAUCCCUUCCUUCGACUGGCCCAUUGCACCAUUCCCACGGCUGAAAUACCCACUGGAAGACUUUGUGAAAGAGAACCAACAGGAAGAGGCCCGCUGCCUGGAAGAGGUAGAGGAUCUGAUUGUGAAAUACCGGAAGAAGAAGAAGACGGUAGCAGGGAUCAUUGUGGAGCCCAUCCAGUCCGAGGGCGGAGACAACCACGCCUCUGAUGACUUCUUCUGGAAGCUGCGAGAUAUCGCCAGGAAACAUGGCUGUGCUUUCUUGGUGGAUGAAGUUCAGACGGGAGGGGGCUGCACAGGGAAAUUCUGGGCCCACGAGCACUGGGGCUUGGAUGACCCAGCCGACGUCAUGACCUUCAGCAAGAAGAUGAUGACUGGGGGCUUUUUUCACAAGGAGGAGUUCCGGCCAAAUGCUCCUUACCGGAUCUUUAACACCUGGCUGGGGGACCCGUCCAAGAACCUACUGCUGGCCGAGGUCAUCAACAUCAUCAAACGGGAAGAUCUCUUGAAUAAUGCAACCCACGCAGGGAAGAUCCUGCUCACAGGGCUGCUGGAUCUCCAGGCCCGGUACCCCCAGUUCAUCAGCCGCGUGAGAGGGCGAGGUACCUUCUGCUCCUUUGACACUCCCGAUGAAUCCGUACGGAAUAAACUCAUUGUAAUAGCCAGAAACAAAGGUGUGGUGUUGGGGGGCUGUGGCGACAAGUCCAUCCGUUUCCGGCCCACCAUGGUCUUCAGGGAUCACCAUGCGCACCUGUUCCUCAACAUUUUCAGUGACAUCUUAGCCAACUUCAAGUAAAGAAGCCAUUCUCAUCCCCUCUGGGAAAGCCUCAAUCUCAACACUUGUCCAAUUGAUUAGUUUGCCUAAUUCAUGUUUUCACUAAAAGGAUCAGAGGUGAA